AGCUGGAGGAGGAGAAGGAGGAGGAGGAGCAGAAGGAGGAGAAGUAGCAGCUGGGAGUGGGAGCCUCUGGUACCUUGGUCAGCUUCACAGCAUCACCAGCCCGAACGGCGGAAAAUGGCCAGUCAGUCCCAGGGCAUCCAGCAGCUCUUGCAGGCGGAGAAGCGGGCAGCUGAGAAGGUGGCAGAUGCCAGGAAGAGGAAGGCCCGGAGGCUGAAGCAGGCAAAGGAGGAGGCGCAGAUGGAGGUGGAGCAGUACCGCCGCGAGCGGGAGCAGGAAUUCCAGAGCAAGCAGCAGGCGGCCAUGGGCUCCCAGGGGAACCUGUCGGCUGAAGUGGAGCAGGCUACGAGGCGCCAGGUACAGGGCAUGCAGAGCUCCCAGCAGCGGAACCGGGAGCGCGUCCUGGCCCAGCUCCUCGGCAUGGUCUGCGAUGUGAGGCCCCAGCUUCACCCCAACUACCGGAUCACUGCCUAGGGUCCCCCAGGGGGCCCGCUCCUCACACAAGUUUGCGCCCACAAAGGAGUCUCCCAAGCCCAGGUGACUUCCCUUGCCUGGCAUGCACUAGGCCCUGGGUUCAGCGCUCAGUACUGACAAAUUCCUUUCCUACCGUAAUCUUUCUCUCCUUUUCCACUCUGUGGAACUGCUAGGAAGCAACAUUCAAUUUUGAACUGUGAAGUUUAGGGAUAUCCCGGGCAAACUUGCAUCUCCUUCUGUCACCCUCUGGGACCUUCCAAAGUGAGCCACGUCUUCCUCACCUAACACGUGUGUAAACUUGUAGCGUGGAGAAGUAGGGGUGUGGAAAGCUCCCGACUUGAGUUUGGAAGAUUUGGGGUUCUCCCCCAGCCCUGCCGCACGCCGUUUGAGCAGCUAGGACAAGCUGCCUAACCUGGGAGCCGCAGUGUUCUCCUUUGUGAAACUGGAAUAAUUCUGCCUUCUGAGGCUGGUACAGUGGUUAGGAAUUAUUCUGUAAAGAGCCUAUCAUGGUUCCUGGGAGCAGCUGGGAUUCAAUAAAUAGGAAACUCAGAUAUCAUUGCCACCCUCUGCAUACCUGCCAAAGCCUAAGGACUGCGGUUUCCUGACUUUUCCCACAGGCGCUACAAUUUUGUCCACUCUGUGACCCUAGUAAUCCCCAGAAGAAUUUGUUCUUCCCACCUCCUCCCACCCCCCCAACCCCCGCCGCUCCAGAUCUGAUGAUCCCUGGAAAGAUGAAAUGCUGACCUCUCUUAGUCCCUCUAUUACGGUUCCAGGCAGGUAUUGCAUUUCUUAGCUUCUCUUUUUGUCUCUCAUAAGCUGGUCUUUAUUGGGUUUCGUCCUUUUUCUAUUUCCCCCCAAAACCACCAGAUGCUCACGGAUCCCUGAGGUCUGAAGUGAUGUUGUGCUCCCAUCCGCAUGGCCUUCCUUUCCAUAGUCAACACGCUGCUUUCCCUUUGUAACAAUAAAAAGUGGUCAAUAAAAUAAUUGGGCAAAUCAGUCGGUGAGACCAA